AUGGCGGCGGAAGUUGCUGAAGAUGCGUGCUUCGACGAAGAGCUUCUUUUUACAGAAUUUGAGUCAGAAAAGGAAACAACGAGACCAUCGGAAGAGAGGCAUGAUUGCCCUGGUAAAAUUCCUCGGAACUCCUUACAGCAAGAAAACAUACGAUUGAAGAAUGCUUUGAAAUCUCUGAUCGGUGUGUGGAAGUUGAAAUGUAGUACUACAGGCGGACAACAAGAUCGUCAUUCUCCUUUAUUUCAGGGGAUUUUUUUCGAUAACAAGACUUCGAUCAGAUCCAGAGAAAAGGUUGAAGAAUUCAUUCAAACUUUACAACGACGAACCGACGACAUUAAUGAGAGGGAGUCGUUUGGAAGCCAAAAUUUUCCACCGUCCAUCUGUGACACAAAUUGUGAAGUGGGCAAGUUAGCCAGAGACAAUGGUUGUAGCCAACCUUUUUCCAUCAUUAGUUCUUUGCAGUACUACGAUGAAUAUUGCAUAGACUGCUGUGGGCUGCCUUUGGUCGAUUUAAAUCCUCAAAUUAGUGAUGGCUGGACCAUUCCUCAAUACGAACAAGUUUAUUUUCGAGUUUUGGCUCCAGAUGAAACACCAAAAGUGAGGCUAAAAAGUCGGAGUUGUUGUUUCAAUUGUGGAAAUCCUGGACACUCUCUCCAAGAUUGCACUGAGACACAUGACAUGCAAAGAAUCAAUGCAAACAGACGAGAAUUUCUCAAUAAGUUUGCUUCACCAGUGAACUCUAAAACUAGAUACCACUUUGAUGAUUCAGCAAUGAAACGCUUUGGAAGAUUCAAACCAGGGGUGAUUUCUGACAAACUCAGGGAAGCACUUGGAAUUAAUGAGCAAGAUUUGCCACCAUACAUCUAUCGAAUGAGACAUUUGGGUUAUCCACCAGGGUAUUUACCCAAGGCCACAAAACCAAGUUUGCUUAUUUAUGAUGGCGAUGGCAGUAUAAAUGAUUAUAUUGAGGAGCAAGAUGAACAAAAGAGUGAGGAACACUUUAGAAGUUCUUUUAUUGAAUACCCAGGUUUUAAUACACCCCUACCAGAAGGUGAGUUUGUACCUGAAUAAAUUUAUGUCAUACAGAAAAUGUGAAAAAAGUGCUCCUCAGGUUCAUCAAAGCCUUGUGGGUAGUGUCAGUUUCAUUAUUCCUGGCUUUUGUCAGUUGCCUAUAAAAGAAUUGUGAAGUAAGGCUGUAGCCACGGACACAAAUAUAUAAAUUUCCCAUGAUUACUUGCCAAAAAAAAAAAAAGGAAAAAAGAAGCAGGACAUAAGAAAAAUAAUUGAAAAAUUUUGUGGCUUGAGUUCUCCAUUCAGGGUUAUUCAGGCAUCCAUGGUUCUGUUCAUUGUUAGUCACUAUUAAUUUCCCAAACAGAAAAACAAAGAGGAAUUUUGUAGCCACACAUUUCUACCAAAAUUUAUGCUUGUAUUGAAUUGUUUUAAUAAGCUUCAAUGCCAUGGACAUGAAUUUUGGUUAACAUUUUCCUUGAUAUUUACCUAUAAAGUCAACUUACAUUUUAGGAAAAUGAUACAUGUACAAAAAGCUGUCCUUGUUCUGCAAUUUCUAUGAAAAAAUGGUCUUUCCUGCCUAAAUGGAUAUGCGACUUUAUUUGGAAAAUACAAUCAUGUUCCUUUUCCAAUUCCAUUAUUUUCAAGUACUGUAUUUCUUGGCAAAUGCACAAGGUUACAUUACACCUUGUUCUGCAAAUUUUAUGAAACAAAAGGUCUUUCCUGCCUAAAUGGAUAUGUGACUUUAUUUGGAAAAUGCAAUCAACAAGUUACUUUUCCAAUUCCAUUAUUUUCAAGAAGUGCAUUUCUUGGCGGAUACACAAGGUUACAUUUAAUACAAUUAGAUCUCACCUUUUUCAAGCCUAAAAUCAACCCUGUGUCUACCUGGGAAGGGAAAAAAAAACAAUCAUGAAAUGAUGGAUCAUUGAUUAUUGCUCACAUUUGAAUUCAAAGCUUUAGUCCUUUUAUUCCCAAGAUCUGAUUUUUAGGCCCCCCCCUCCCCCUCAGUUGCUACAUGUUUCUUUGUAAAAUAGUCACAAGAAUUGGGUAUUAGAUCAAGAUAAACUUCUGCCAAAUAAGUUUCAAAUUUCCUCUUUACCUGUUCGCUGGAUCAUAUCUCCCCAUUCAAUGUUAUCAGGAGAAAUUAUAAGUUAAUCACUUGUGGGAGUUAAAGGAUUGAUUGUAAUUUUCAGGUGUUAGAGACAAGAGUGCUGAGCUAAGAGCCCCUCCAAUGCUCCCUCAUCAGCAGAUUGAUAAUUUAGUGGCAAAGUAUGUGCACAUGAGAGGAAUGUCAUCAAACUCUGCUGCUCCAGGCAGUGACAGGAAACGAAAGAGAGAGAAACUGGAUCAGGAAGAACAGGACAUGGAUGUUGAUGAAGAUGGUUAGAUUAUACUAAGUGACUUUUAAUAUGUUCAUAGUAUAAUAAUUAGAAGGAAAGAAUGUUAGUUUCCUGUACAAGUGUGUUGUGUAUGUUAUGAAAUUCUCCUUUUUAGGCAUGCCACAUAGUCACCUUAUGCUACUAAAUCAAGAUAAGUCUUCUGCAGUGUUUGCCAAUUGGCUCAUGAGCAGGAUUGUUUACAGUUAGUGACAAAAAUGCUCAAAAUCGUGUAAGGUAUUUGUUGAACUUAUAAAAUAAUUUGUAUGAAUGAGAAGGAACUUCCCUGAGGAUAAGCAUUACUAAACCAAUUUCAUGGCUGGAAUGUAAGUCUGGUAAUUUGAAGGAAAAUAGAAGAUAAACUCUUGAAUAAAUUUUAGGUAUGUGUUAAACAAAGAUUUAAGAAUUUCCAUCUUCUUUCAGUUUUCUACUGGUGUAAUUUUUGACACCAUCAAAGAGUUUUCAGCAACUUUAAUUGUUUUGUUACUAUGUUUACAAUGUGAUGAGGAAGAUCUGAUUUUUCAGUCAUUCAGUUCUGACAUAUGAAAACAAAAAUUAUUGUAUGUCUUGGACUGAGUUAAUGAAAUACUUAAUACUUAUCAAUAUUAAAUUGACUUCAUCAAAUUAUUUUGUAAAUUAUUUUUGUAAGGUCAUUUAAAAGUUAAUUUUGUUCAAAAACUGUUUGCUGUUUGUGUUAGGUGGCGCAAAUCCUUCAAUAGAGCUGGGCUCGACAGUCCCACCACAUAAUCCUGCUGCCGCCAAGAGAACAAAGUAUGACACGCAAGGAGAUGUUGGUGUGGAUAACAGUGGUGGCUAUUCUCCCUCCCACCCUGGUGUUCAGUAUGGAUCACAAGAACAAGAACUUCUCCAGCAUUACAGGAAAUACUCUGAAAGCAAACCCACUCAUUUUGCCCUGAAGGAACUACAUGGAGAAGCAAGCAGUGAUUCUAUCAAUAGUGAACCUAAGAAGAUAAGAAAGAAGGUCAGGAGGAGUGUGGAAGAAGGAGAAGUUGUCUCUGAUGAAGAGGGGGAGGGGGAGCUUGUUGAUGAGGAUGAGGUUGAGGACAAGGGGAAUGAGGAGGAAGUUGUUGAUGAUUAUCCUAAGGUGAUACCUGGCUGGUGGCUGGGAGAACCUUUAGAUUCUGUGUCAGAAACACAGCCUAAGCUGUCUCCUCCCCCUAGACCGUCUGUACUGCUGCCUUUGGAUGCUCUUUCAAGAUUCUACACCAACAGCACUGUAUUGCAGAAAAUGAGUUUUGAGGACAGAGUCAUGUGGCUAGAUCCAAUCUAUGGCAAUCUUCAACCAGUAUCAGGGCGAUAUGAAAGGCUCAGGAAACUUCUUGGAAAGAAAAACACUGCAAAAUAAAUCUGUAAAUAGACUUCGUGUCAGAGAAGAAAGAGACAUUUUUCGCUCACUAACGUUUUAUCGUCAGUUAUUGUUACCUGGUGAUUAAAAAUGGACUUUCCUCUUAUUUGAAGAAUUUUAAAUUUUUAGUUGAAACUAGUUAUUUGGGUUUGUUAUCUCCAGUGGAGUUGAUAUGUCAAAAUUAGUAGCAUUUUAGUCAUUUUUUAUCACCACUCAGAUCUGAGAGCAUGAACUAUUUUAGUAGGCAGCCGAAAUUUGUUAUGUCGCGUAUCUCUUUCCCAUGUUACGCCAAGCGCCUUGAAACACAAAAUCCUACCUUGAAGUUUUCGAAUUUUACAAAAUGCAAAUUGAAUCAUAGAAACUGAAAGAGGAAGUUGUACCACUUAAGUGUUUGGGCUCUUUAAUUAAUAGCCAACAGUCUCGUAUUUUUAUCUCCAAUUUUAAGGUUGUAAACUAGUAGUUGGCACAAGGCCUUUAAACCAGUAAAGACCACUAAGAGAUGAAUGAGCCGAUGUAUUCGUUUGGAGCCACAUUUCAAAUUAUAUAAAUCGCAAUUGUAAACAAUUCGAACUCCUUUUGAUAUCAAUGGAGGUCAACAAGAUUGGAACAUGUUUUAGUUUGUCCUCUGUAUGUAUUUUAGUUUCUUACAUGCAGUAGACGUUAUCAAUCCUGUAAAAAAUCUAUAGCGUUC